UCUGAAGAAGGAAAAGAGUCUUCUCUUUCGCGCCAUGCUGCCUUUCUGGUAUUUAAGUUUCCCUUUUUGGAGAGUGAUUCUUUCCCAAACGCUUGGCUCAGCAAGCGAGGUCGCACACCCAAGAGCCUACGUAAAGAGCCACGAGGGGCUCUCUUACGACAGAGAAGAUUUGGAGAAGAUGCAUCGAGAGGCAAAGGAGGAGGGAGACGGGAGGUCGAUCUUGUUCGAGUUCCAAGCCUACCGGAGGGUCUUCAGACUGAGGCUAUGGAGGGACAGGAGUGUUUUUGCAAGAGGCAUUGAGAUCACCAAGAGAAACGGUGACGCCGGGCCCACGGACCUCUCUUUCAUUUACUCUGGCAUCCUGGAAGGAGAGCCAGGUUCCUCGUGCCACGGGUCCAUCAUCAACGGCCUCUUUGAGGGCUCAAUCCGGACGCAGAACGGCACCUAUUACGUCGAAUCUGCCAGGACGCCUUUCUCCAGCCAGACUUCUCCAACUCAUUCAUUCAUACAUCACGAGAGUGACUUAGACUAUCAACUCUGGGGAGAUUCUGAAUCCGUGACUUUAGCUCGGCGGACACACCAGCACCUGCAGGAUUUGCAGCGAAAGAUCACAGCAAAGGAUCAGGAUCAUUUGCUGCGGCAGAAGAGAAGCCUGGAUUAUUCAAAGACCUCUUGCUUGCUGCACAUUCAGGCUGACCACCUUUUCCACCGAAGGUUUGGCUCCAUCGAAGCCGUGAUCGCCCAGAUUGCCAGCUACGUAAAAGCUGUAAAUGCCAUUUACGAAGGGGCAGAAUUUGAUGGAAUCAGGAACAUUGACUUCAAAGUUAAGACCAUCAAUAUCGUGGAGGAGGAGGACCGCUCAGAGUCGCCCUUCAUCAGUCCAGAGAUGCUCCUGAUGCUGCACUCCAAAAACAACUGGAACAGUUACUGCUUAGCUUUCCUGCUCACCGACAGGGAUUACAGUGGAGUUCUGGGCAUCGCUUUCAACGGACAACCUGGUGAUUCUGGAGGGAUUUGCUCGAAGCAGCGCACUUUCCAAGACAAGGAGGUCUCGAUGAACACGGGUCUGAUCACGUUGCAGAAAUACGGGGAGCUCCUUCCUCCGAAACUGAUCCAUGUCACCCUUGCCCACGAGCUUGGACACAGCCUGGGCGCCUACCACGACGAGAGCAAAGAGUGUUCCAGUUUCCACAUCGACACCACCAAGGGGAAGUACCUGAUGUUCAGCUACGCCACAGAUGGGGGAGAAUUCAACAAUGACAAAUUCUCCCCAUGUAGCCGCGCCUACAUUGCAAACCUCCUGCGGCUCAAGAAGGACACUUGUUUCGUUGAAACAGACCGUCCCAUCUGCGGGAACCGGAUUAUGGACCCAGGAGAGGAAUGUGACGUUGGGAAUGAUGCCACAGACCCCUGCUGCUAUGGUGCGGCAGAACCCAGUGGGAUCCGGUGCAGACUGAAACCGGGAGCUCUGUGCAGCCCUAGCCAGGGACUCUGUUGCAGCCACAAAUGUGCCCCCAAACCCCGAGGGGAGCGAUGCCAGGCAGAGACCGACUGCGCUUCGGAAAGUGCCUGCUCUGGGGCAGAAGCAAAGUGCCCGGCACCCGUCCCGAAAGCAAACUUCACCCUCUGCGGCAUGCAGUCCCGGGUGUGUCUGAACGGGCUCUGUGUGGGCUCCCUCUGCGUGCGGCACGGAUUGGAGCAGUGCGACUGUGUCUCCGCUUCCCUGAGAGAGAUGUGCCAGCUCUCCUGCCAGCUUCCAGGGAGAGCUGAAACAUGCGCCAGCACUGCCUCUGCCGCCUGGGGCCAUUACUUCAACGGCUCCGAAAUUCCGCUGAUUCCGGGUUCGCCGUGUGGGGGCAAGGCCGGCUACUGCGACAAAUUCCACAUCUGCCGAUUCGUCGAUGAGGACGGGCCCGUCGCUCGGGUGAAAAACUUCAUCCUGGACUUCAUCGAGAUGGAAGACGUCGCCACCUGGAUGAAGACACGCUGGUGGGGUAUCCUUCUGAUGGUUUUGACUUUGGCUGCAAUGAUGGCAGCAACCAUCUUCCUCUUUGGGAGGACGGUCGACACCGAAACAGAUGAGAGAGCGACGAGGGAUUCCGAUAAGAAGAUUUCUCUCAACCAGCACCCAGAGAUCCAGCACGCUUUCUUCUACUGGGAACAUGAGGAGAUCUACAUCGAAUCCUUGCGGCAGGAGUACGAAACCAUUAUAUAGACCCCACUCCUUCAACAGGCAGUCCGCGGGGCUGCAGCUUCUCAUAG